AGUGGGCGAAUAUUUCAAUUGUUUCGCCAAAUAUUAGUGCAUCGGUAGGAUUCAUGGAUGUGUUUUCGAAAUUCAAGAGGUUAGGAGAAUGUCAGUAAACGAACAUUCGUACGAGAUUGCUGAGGAAAAAGACCAAGCAGCAGAGGUUAUUCGUUUAGUGACCUUUAAAGUCAUGUGUGGUGUGGAACGCGAUAAGUAAGGCAGAACCUCAGGUUCGCCUGAGAGCUGUCAUACAUGUGCAAUGGACCCAUUUGUCACACGCAUCGGCGAUGUUACGAUUGAAAGGGUGGUACCACGAGGAUGUGCAAAGGAUGGGCACAUCCCGGUACCAUCCGUCAGCCUCGCGAAGAGGGAAGCCAAUGGCAGUGAGGAGGCUUUGGCAGAGGGCAUCAAUGUCAGCGAAGACCUCCAAAUCUUUUUAAAGCCCCCACCUGAAGGAAUGCUACGAGAUCAACAACUCCUGCAGCGUCAACCUCAGUUCCAUAUGCCUCAGCAACAUAUCCAGCAACAAAACCGCUUCCAUCAGCAGCACACUCAGCAUUCACAACUGAAUCAGCACCUGCAAACCCACAGUUUUCAGCAGUUAAACCAAAACCAGCAAACUCUAAUGCAACAGCAGUUAUCACAGGGGCAGAGUCAAAUGACACAGAGUGAGCAACAUGUGAACCAACAACAAAUCAGCCACAAUCAACACAGUCACAUGAUGCCGAACCCAGUGAGCCAACAGCAUCAGUCGAGUAUGGGUCAUUUGCAAGAUAGCAUCAAGCAAAACCAAAGCCAUAACCAAUCUCUGAAUGCACAGCUUACACAGAAUCAUCAGCUGGCCCAGCAUGAACAAAAUCACAUGCAGAUGAAUCUGCCACAACAAGUGUCUAAUCAGAUGCAACAAAUGCAAAGCCACCAGCCCCUUAGUCAGCAUCAGGUUAGCUCUAGUCAGCAGCUUAGCAGCCAGCAAGAGCAGACUCAUCCGGGACAUAUGGGUUGUCAGGAUCAGGCAAACCAAAAUCAAGCCCCAUAUGGGCAGAACCAGAUGAGCAAACAAAUCAACCAGCUGACUGUAAAUUCAUCCCAGAUGAGCCACAUGCAGCUGAAUCACAGUCAGUUAACUAAUAUACCAAGUGGUAACCCAAAUAUGAAUCAUGGACAUUUGAACAGUGCGCUACCAUCCCACAUGCAAAUGAUUCAGCAACAAAGUCAUCAAAAUCAGUCAAGUCGUGUACACCACUCGCAAGGAAUUACUGACAAAACAAUGGAAGGAGAUGAUAGUGAAAGUGAACAAGAAAGUAGUGAUGUGGAAGAACUGUCAGAAAUGGGAAAUAAGGGUACUGUAGGGAAAGUUAGGCCUCUUACAACAGUUGAAGGUGCAAGUGAUGUGGAAGAGGUGGCAGGUGCAAGGGAUAGUUCUUCACAUCAAGAAAGGAAGGUACCAGAUACUACAGUAACUAGUGUCAAAGACAGUAGUGUAAAGCGUAAGGCACCAGAUUCAUCAUCCACUGGUCACAGCAAAAAGAAAUAUAAAGGCUCAGGUGUGGAUAGCAGUAACAAAGACAUCAGUAAAUCGAGAAGCAGAUCAUCAUCUUCAUCAUCAUCUUCAUCUGCCUCCUCAUCAGAAAGUGAAGAUACGCAGAGUGAGCAGAAUAAAACAGCAGUUGAAAGAAAAUUUUCAAAUAUGAGACGAAAUAUCCGUGAAGUGAUGAGUGAAAGUCAACUUGAUGAAGAGACUUUAGCAGCUCAACGCCAGGAAAUGGAGAGGUUACGGAGAGUACAAGAACAGCAGCGUAUUAUUAGAGAGGUUCAGCGCCAAAUUGUGCUUAAUCGCCAAAACAAUAAGACUCAGACAAGAGUUAUUUCACUACUUCAAGGCAACACAUCACUGUUGAGACAAACAUCGUCCAGUUCAAGUACAAGUACGACAACCAGCAGCAGCAGUGGCAGCACACAAUUGCGGCUUCCUAGUACUGUCCUGGUCAAGCUUGCUUCCCAACAGUCUGGAUCGGGCUCCAUUCUCUCCACCUCCAGUUCUGGAUCUGCCAGUAGCUCACAAACUGCUACUGCAACGAAGAAGGUUUAUGAAUUGCUGCGAGUGCACAAAGAAGCAACGGCAGCAGGAUCUCGUGCAAUGUCUCGCAGCAGCUCACGUGCACCCGUACAUAUGAUGACACCCUCAGUGUCUAUUGCACCUGUCGUGUCGGGCCGGCAGCAGUCAGGAACUGACACAGAGGCUGAUGAUGAUUCAGAUCGUGAGGAGACAGCUAUACGCAAGGUCUCUGGCAAACCGAAAGGUAAAGAUGUUGUUACAAUCAGCAGCAGCAGUGAUGAUGAUGAUUGCAUAUUACUAUCAGAACCUUCCAGUGGAGAUGAAGCAGAUCCUGUGGAUGAUCCUACUAACUCAGGAAUGCAUACAAAUGACCUUUACAAUGUUCCUGAUGAACAAGGCCGUGUUCUUGUGAAUGUGGGGCAUCCUUCUACUGAGCCAGAUAUUUUCCUGGCACCGCAGAUUGCCAGAGUCAUCAAACCACAUCAGAUUGGUGGUGUGAGAUUCUUGUAUGACAAUGUUGUUGAAUCUCUUGAUCGCUUUAAUACAUCAACUGGAUUUGGUUGUAUAUUGGCACAUUCAAUGGGUCUUGGAAAGACAUUACAGGUGGUUUCAUUCUGUGACGUAUUCCUACGACACACUGAUGCGCGAACAGUACUAUGCAUCAUGCCAAUUAAUACUCUGCAAAACUGGUUGGCCGAGUUCAACAUGUGGCUGCCAGAAAAGGAUCCAGAAAAUUCCCCGUUGGCUGUUCAUGGAGAAGUUAGAACCAGAAACUUCCCGUUACAUGUGCUGAAUGACUCUCAUAAAUCAAUGGUAGCUCGCAGCAAGGUUAUACAAGAAUGGUCAAAGAAUGGUGGUGUUUUACUCAUUGGCUAUGAAUUAUAUCGACAGUUAAGUCUGAAACGUGCACAUAAGACAAAAAAGCGCCGAAAAAAGUCUGCAGAUAUUGUUGAUGUUGAUGAAGAUGACAAGACUAAAGUGUUACUGGAUGAAAUGCAGGCUGCAUUGGUGAAGCCUGGACCAGACCUAGUCAUCUGUGAUGAAGGACAUCGUAUCAAAAACAGCCAUGCGUCUAUAUCUCAAGCCCUGAAACAAAUUCGUAGCAAACGGCGAGUAGUGUUAACUGGGUAUCCACUCCAGAACAAUUUACUGGAAUACUGGUGCAUGGUUGACUUUGUGCGCCCAAAUUAUCUAGGGUCCAGAACUGAGUUUUGCAAUAUGUUUGAAAGACCCAUUCAAAAUGGCCAGUGUAUCGAUUCAACACCACAAGAUAUCCGAUUGAUGCGAUACCGAGCUCACGUCUUACAUUCCUUACUGGAGGGGUUUGUACAGAGGCGCAGUCAUUCUGUAUUACAAGUGUCUCUGCCGCAAAAAGAAGAGUAUGUACUGCUUCUCAGAAUGACUCCAUUUCAGCGUAAGCUGUAUGACACUUUUAUGAAUGAAGUUGUGAGAAAGAAAGCUGUACCUAACCCACUGAAGGCUUUUGCUGUGUGUUGUAAGAUAUGGAACCAUCCAGAUGUUUUGUACUAUUUUCUGAAAAAACGUGCUGGUGGUGAAGAUGUGGAUUUAGACUUAGAUGAAGCAACUGCUGCAGCGGCUAAUGUAGCACCUGGAACUCCCAGUAGCAACUCUGGAACUGCAACACAGCCGAGUUCUCCACGAGGACCACCAGCAAAGAGGGGACGGGUACGUGGAAAUACCAAUCCUAACAGCCGUGCAAAUAAACGUGAUAAGAAGACCAGUGCAGCACAGCAAAAUGUUGGUGGAUCACCAAAUAAACCAGCUGCAUCUGUCACACCAAGUAGUACAGAAAUCAGUAGUACAGACCCAUCAAACUUGGGCUUGUCAUCUGGAAUUUCAGGAAACUAUGGUGUUACAGAAUUUGGGCCCAAUGCAACUAAUGCAUCAUUUGGAAACUUUGUCAAGACUGCCUACAAUAACUGCCCUGAUCAAGGAAAUACUGCUGUGUCUUAUGCAAAUAACCCAGGUGUAUCAUAUUACCAGACGAAUAGUUCUAGUCAGACUUCAACAUUCAGCUCACCAUACUACUCGCAUGCACCAGGCCAACAGAACACUAGUGGCUCCAGUUAUACUGAUACAGUGAAUGGGGACCGUUAUAUGACCCAAGGAAACUCAGAUCGUGACAGAAAUAUGUAUUUUAUGGGAGAAAGUGACCAGAUGGUAAUGCAGGUUCCAACUCAAACAUCACAAAACCAAAUGAGAGAUUUGCGGAAUGGCGUGGGUAGUUCAUUAGACAUGAAUGUUCAGAAUCAAGUAAUGAACUCAGUGACUUCUGUUAAUAAUAAUUCAAACCAGAUUGCAAAUAUUGGUGGCCCACAGCCCCUUAUGAGGAAUCAGAGCAGUCAGCUUUCUAGUCAGACACAAGGAUGUCAACAAAAUCAGACAAGUCAACAGAAUCAAAUGGGAAUGCACCAGAUGCUAAAUCAACAGCAGCAGGUAAUACCACAAACAGAGAAUCAUCAAAAUAUGUCAAAUAUUCAUCCAAAUAUGGUUGGUGGUCAACAGCAUCAGAUUAUCCCACAACAGCAAAUUGUAUCACAACAGAUUGGAGGUCAGCAGAACCAAAGUGGACAACAAACACAAGUUGGACAGAUUAGUCAGUCUGGGCAGCAAACACAUGUGAGUCACCAACAGACCCAGCCGAUGAACCGGCAAACCCAAGAAAAUAUGCAGUCACAAUUAUCUCCAUCUGUGUCUCAGUUGGAAACACACCACCUCCAGUCUGGUUCUCAACAGAACCUCACUAAUCAUGAAACGAAUCGCCAGGUGCCCUUAGCUACACAUCAGGUAGGAAAUCCUCAGUCUCAAACUGCAACCCAUAUGAGUUCACAAGUUUCAGAGAUAUCAAAUCAUUUGGGAUCUCAGCAACCCCAGAUGUCAAAUCAGACGGGAUCUCAGCAGCCUCAGAUGCCAAGUCAAAUUGGAUCACAGCAUUCACAGAUGCAGCCAAAUGUUGGACUACAGCAGAAUCAAGGAAUGUCUCAAAUUGGGAGUCUACAGCCUCAGGUGUCACCUCAAUUAGGAUCACAGCAAGUGCAACCAUCACCACAGAUUAUAGUCCAACAGUCCCAGAUGAUGUCUCAGUUGGAGAGUCAUCAAUCACAGAUUUCAUCUCAGAGGCAACCCCAUCAUUCCCAGUCACAUUCACAAGUUGGAUCACAGCAUUCCCAGGUGCUUCAGAAAAUGGGACCACAACAUUUGCAAGUGCCAAUGCAAAUGGGACAUCAGCAUUGUCAGAUAUCAUCCUCACAGAUGGGGCAUCAGAUUUUGCAGAUGGGAACUCAGCACUCCCAGAUGCCACAUGAAGCAAGUUCCCAUAAUGUACAGAUGUCAUCUCAGAUUGGAUCUCAGCAGACUCAUAUGCAGUCUCAAAUGGCAUCUCAGCAAUCACAGGUGCCUCCCCAUUUAGGUACUUCAAAAACCCUCAUAUUAACACAGUCGGUGUCUCAGCAGUCAUCACAUUCUGAAAUGGGUUCAAGGCAAACCCAAAUGACAUCUGAGAUCGAAGAACUGAAUUCUCGAAUAGUUUCAGAAAUAGGAUCUACUCAGACUCAGAAUAAUCCAGAGAUGGGGCAACAGCAGUCACAAACAACUUCUGAAACUGAAUCUCACCAAACUCAAGGCCCAUCUCAGUUUGGACAACGUGAGCUACAGAUGCCGACACAGAUGGGUUCGAAGCAGUCCCAUAUGCCAUCCCUAGACCCCCAGCAACACCAGGUACAGUCUCAGGCUGGAUCACAGCAGUCUAAUUUGUCUCCACAGUCGGAUCUGAAGCAGUCUCAUGUGGCUCCAGGAGUGGGAUCUCAACAGUCACAAAUGGUAUCUGAGCAUUCUCAGGUUUCUUCUCAGAUGGGAUCUCAUUACUCACAAGUAUCUCAUAUGACAUCUCAGCAAACACAGCUAUCUUUACAUGCAGGGUCUCAGCAGCAGCAUGCCCCCACUCAGGCAGAAAAUGAGCAGUCACAGAUGCAUACACAUACUGUUCACAAUUCUCUGGUUCACUCUCAAAUUGGAAAUCAACAGACGCUGGCACCUCAACAAUCUCAGAAAUCAUCUCAUAUUGGAAAUCAGCAAAUGGAACGACAGAAUCAGGUUUCAUGUCAUAUGGGAGCUCAGUUUACCCAGAUACUUCCUCAUCCAAGUGAUCAGCAGUCCCAGCUGCUACCUCGGCCAGAUUCACAGUCACAAAUGUUACCUCAAAUGGUAUCUCAACAUACGCAAGUGCAAUCUCAAACAGUGCAACAGAAUUUACAGGGUCAUCAAAUGGGACCCCAGAGCACUCAAAUUUCACAUCAGAUGGGACCCCAGAAUACACAGGUGCCACAUCAAGUUGGUCCACAAAACUCCCAGAUCCCACAUCAAAUGGGAUCUCAAAGUAAUCAACUGCAACAGCAGAUGGGAUCACAGAAUUCUGAAGUAUCACAUCAGAUUGGCUCUCAGAGCUCACAGAUGUUACAUCAGAACUCACAGAUGUCACAUCAGCUUGGAUCUCAAAACUGCCAAGUUCCACACCACAUAGGACAUCAGACCUGUCAGAUGUCUCAUAAUAUGACAACACAAAACUCCCAAAUGCAGCAUCAGAUGGCAUCUCAGAACACACAAAUCUCGCAUCAGACGAGAGGUCAGAACCCCCAGACAUCAAACCUGUCAGGUGCUCAGAACACCCAACUAAUACAUCACAUGGGAUCGCAGAACAUGCAAGGGUCACAUCAGAUGAUGCCUCAAAAUACUCAGUCAAAUCUUCAGAUGGGACAUCAGAAUUCUCAAAUGCCACCACAGAUGGUAUCUCAGAAUUCCCACAUGCAUCAUCAUAUAGGAUCUGUUAAUUCCCAGUUGCCUCCUCAGCUGGGGUCUCAUAAUUCACACACAGCUCCCCAGAUGCAACCUCAGGAUGGACAACCUCCACAUCAGAUGAUGCUUCAGGAUUCCCAAAUGCCACAUCCAAUGGGGCACCAGGACUCCCAGGUGUCACAUCAGAUGAGAGCUCAAGACACUCAGUUGCCACAUCAGAUGAGACCGCAGGAUACUCAAACAGCACACCAGGUCCCUCAGGAGUCACAGAUGACACAUCAGUUGCAGCCUCAGAACUCGCAGGUGCCAAAUCAUAUGGGACUACAGGAACCGUGUGUGGCACAUCAUGUGGGAUCUCAGAAUUCUCAGCUGCAGCUUCAAAUGGGACUACAGAGCUCUCAGUCACCACAUCUCAGUGGAUCUCAGAAUGCAGAGACACCUUGUCAGACUAUGCCCCAGCACACUCAGCAGUCCCAACCUCUAGGUCCUCAGAAUUCUAUGUCAUCACAUACAGGAGGACCACAGAACACUCAACAGCUGCAGCAUGUGGGAUCUCAAAACUCCCAGGUGCCUCAUCAGGGAGCCUGUCAGGAUUCACAGAUUUCACACAGUAUGAGUCCUGAGGACCCACAGCUGCCAUCCGAUAUUGAUUCUGAGGAUUCUCAGCUGCCAGCCCUAAUGGGACAUCAGAAUUCGAAGAUGACAUCUAAUACAGGGCCUCAUCACUCACAGAUGAUUUCAAAUAUUGAAUCUCAGUCUUCGAAGGUACCAGGAACACAGCACGGUUCUGUGGCUACACAAGUUGGGUGUCAGAAUCCUCAAACAUUAUCUCAGAGGGCAGUGCAAGAUGGGGACACCGGACCGAAGAUGACCUCACAGUUGUCUCAGGCUGCUAUUCAGAUGUCCUCUCAGCAUUCUCACAUGCAACUUUUGAUGAAUUCUCAGCAGUCACAAAUCACACCAUUAAUGAACUGUCAACAGUCACUACACAUUACAACCCCAGAACCUCAAAUGAGCUCUCAGGUAUCAUCACAGCAAGUACAGUUGCAACAGGUGGGAUCACAGCCAUCACAAAUGUCAUCUCACCUGAGAACACAGCAGUGCCAACUAACAGAAAUUGUUCAACAACAUUCUCAAAUAGAAUUUGAGCCAGCUCAGUUGACAUCACAGGUGGGAUCUGAUCAGUCAUGUAUUACAUCAGAGGUCAGAUCUCAACAGGAUCAGUCACUGGCCCCUAUGACAUGUCAGCAACCUGCAAAUAGUAACCAGAGAGAACUGCAGACGGAAGUCCAGGAAGGCUCCCAACAUCAUCAACAGCUUGAAACUCAGGAAGCUCCAGUGACACAGCAGACUGGAACACUGCAGAAUCGGACAACGCUCGAUAUGACGAAAUGCCAGUCUCCCAGUGCAUCUCAAAUGGGAUCGCAGAUAUCUCAAGCAGACUCUCAGCUGCCUCCAGUGGAAUCAAAUAUGCAUGGAAGACUAGGACAAAUUGCUUCUCACCAAUCUAAUGGAGCAACUCAGACUGGAACACACUCUUCCCAAAUAUCACAACAAAUAACAGAAUCAGAGUCACAGAUGUUAAAACUUGCAUCACAUUCUAGCAUGAAAACUCAAUUAGAUAACCACCAGCAUAGAAUAAUAUCUGAGACACAACAGCACAAUCCAGUGGAAAGCCAGCAGUGCCAAAGGCAGGAACAGACAUCACCACUUAUGGGGGCAUUUGUAGAUGCUCAGCAGCCUGAAAUGACACCUCAAGCUGAGGGUCAGCAGUCCCAGGCAAGUAGUCAAAUUCUGCAGCCUCUAACAAGUCAUCAAAGAAUGGCAGAUAAUGAACACUGUACAGAAUUACCAACAGGCCAACAUUCCCAAGGAACUCAAGUAGAUACACAAAACUGUGUUAGAAACCAAAGCAACCAGACUUCGCAGUUAUGUGAAAAACCACUAGCAGAUACUCACGUUAGUCAGAUGUCACAAAUUGAAACACAUAUUUUUCAACAAACCCAGUUGGAGAGCCAAGUGAACCAGCAUCAGUACACGUGUCAACAGUCUAACACAAACCAGCAGCAGCCUCACGUUGAGAUGCAAAUGGGGCAUCAUUCACAUAUGGGAAAUUACAUGAACCAGCAGACGUCACUGGAAAAUCUGUCUAAUUCUGAUAACCAUAUGAAUUGUCAACCAAAUCUGAAUCAGCAUUCACAGGUGGGAACACAGACAGGUCUCCAAUCACAAGCUGAGUCACAAGAAGCCAUAUCUGUGGACCAGAAUACACAUUCAGUGAACCAGAAGUCUCAAGUGUGUGACAAUCAGUCCCCCACACACACCCAGCAGCAUCAAGAAGGGACUCAGACCCAGCAGCAAACUGAUCACUGUGAGCCACUUGCCGGACUGCACAUAUCUCUGCAGGUGAACAGUCAGCAGCAGCAGCAGCAGCAGCAGCAGCCUGUGCCACCACCACCUGGCCACCCGAGUGAGGAACAAAAUCAGAGGGUUAUUCAGCAGUCAGCAGUGGGCAGUCAGGUUAAUCAGUCUCAACAACAUACUGGCUCCAGCACAGAAAACAUUGUACCACCUGGGCAACAAAGUCAAGCUGUAGGCCAAUCUAGUCUGGUAACUGGAAACCAGGAAAAAUCCAUGCAGAACCAGCAAGAUGAAAAUGCACAUCACGACAAUUGUGCGACGUCUCAAUUGCACUUAAGUGGGUCAGACUGUGAGUUGAUUAAUUUGGAAACUCAGAUACUUCAAAGUAAUCAGUUUUCAGUUCAAAAUCACAGUAAAGUAACAGAUGUAGAGAAUUUGCAGAAUGUCAUCAUAAGUGACCAUCAGAUAAGCAAUGAAAAUGGAAUUGUCACAAGCCAGGUGGGUCAGAUACAAGAUUUUAAUGAUAAAAUUACAAGUGUGCAAAACUCACAGGAAACUUCUGACAAAUUAUCCAGCAAGACUCAAGAUUGCCAGUCACAGAUAGAAUCUAUAAAAAAUCAUUCUGGAACUGAAAGUCAAGGAAAUGUUGAAAACUGUACAACUCAUUUAGAUAAUAUCGUAACAAAAAAUGCUGGUAACAGCAUUACUAAUGCACAGGAAGUUGUGGGAGACCUUGCACACAGUGUAAAUAAUGAGGCAUCAGAUGAAAGGAAAGAUAUGUCAACAAAUUUAAAUAGUAAACUUUUGCCCCCAUAUUCUGAAUGUCCAGAUCAAAGUAAUGAUUUGAAUGAAAUACAGUCACUGUAUUGUGAUCAUUCGUCUGUUGCUGGGAUAGAACAAAAUCGUCACAUAGAAGAUACCAACGCAUUGAACUCCAGUGUGCAUUCUGAAGUUAGCUGUCAUAACAGUAGUAGUAGCAGCAGUAGCAGCAGCAGCAGUAGCAGCAGUGGUACCUUAAGCAGUACAAGUCUUGACACUAAUAGCAGUAAUGGUAGUAAACUGAUACAAACUAGCACUAAUGCUGCAAAUUUUAUCGAUUUGAAGAUUUGUGAAAAUAACAGCCCUGUGUUCAAUUCGACAUCAGCAGAGCAAUCAUUUUGUGAAGAGACACUAAAACAAGAAACUAAGGAUCUGAUGUUUCCAGACUUCCACUCUACAUCUGGUAGUAUUUUCAAUCAGUUUGCAACUACACUUUCACCUACACUUUCACCUUGUGCUCAGACAUGUGAUAAAUCUUUGAAUCAGUGGGGACAGCAGAGAAAUGAUGUUUGUGAUGGAGAAAGACUGGUUGGUGGUGACGUUGAGAAGCAGUCUUCCAGUUCUGAUAAGACACCCACGACAGAGAAUUCUUCCACUAUUCAAUCAUCGGAUAAAGUUGUUGACAGUAGUGGACCAAUUAAUAUCCAAAGCGAAAAUAAUUGUUCACCAGUUACCAAAUGUGAAUUGAAAAUUGAAUCUGAAGAAUGUUUCAAAAAUAAGAGCCCAUAUUCUGAGAUAAAGUAUAGUGAUAUGUGUUCUAAAGAUAGUCUACUAAAGCAUGAAACAAUAGGGACAGAAUACUCAAAGCUCAAAAUGGAAGGUAAUAUAAAUGAAAUGAAGCAAGCAUCUGAUGAUAUUGCAACUAAACUGAAAAUUGAAAAUGAUGAUUCUCAUACUACAGUUGAUAGUUCCUCCCACAACAAAUUGCCCAUAGCAAAUACUGGUGUUUUGGAGAAAGGAAAGGAAAGUGAGAAUGGGAAUGAAAAACAAUCCAGUAACUUUGAUACUUCUUCCAAGAAAGACUGUGGUGGCGAAGGUGAGAAUAAGGAGAAGCAGAGUGAACCAACUGAAAAGUCAACGGAACCAGAAAAUGGUGAAAUUGGACCAGUCCAAGGCACGUACAUGCCAGAUGCAGCAAAAAUGACCGAGUCUGCCUUAGGAAGGAGUUUUAAAGAUGAUCCUGGCAUUCCUUAUGACUGGGCUACAGAGCUUCUGAAGAACUAUGUUCCAGGAUCUAUAGAAAGCUCAGCAAAAAUGGCAGUAUUCUUUUGCAUUCUUGAAGAAUCAAUGGCACUUGGUGAUCGUAUUUUAGUGUUCAGUCAGUCAUUAUUUACUUUAAACCUAAUUGAAGACUUCCUUCAACGAACAAAUCUUCCUGGACGGCAGGAAACUUGGGCAAGGAACUGGAACUACUACAGACUGGAUGGUAGCACAACAGCUUUGGAGAGAGAAAAACUAAUAAAUGAAUAUAAUUCGAAUCCAAACAUACACUUAUUUCUGGUUUCCACAAGAGCUGGUUCCUUAGGUAUCAACCUUGUUGGAGCCAAUAGGGUUGUAGUGUUUGAUGCAUCGUGGAAUCCAUGUCACGAUACACAGGCUGUUUGUCGAGUGUACAGAUAUGGGCAAAAGAAGCCAUGUUUUGUUUAUCGUCUUGUUAUGGAUAACUGUCUUGAGAAAAAAAUAUACGAUCGCCAGAUAAACAAACAAGGUAUGGCAGAUCGUGUAGUUGACGAAUGUAAUCCUGAUGCCCAUUUAUCAAUUAAAGAAGUGACUAACUUGUGCUGGGACAAUGAACAAGAUGGAGAUGUAAAAGAUUUUAGUAAAGAGAAGGACAAAUAUAUUGAUGUAGUGAUGCAAAAAAUUUUGGACAAACAUAGCAACGUACUGUCGAAGGAGCCUUUCCAGCAUGAAUCACUGUUGGUUGAUCGAAAGGAGAAGAAACUUUCCCAGGCUGAAAAGCGAUUGGCAAAGCGAAGCUAUGAAUUAGAAAAACAGGCCAACAUAAAUUAUAGCAGACCUCAGUACUCAUAUUACCAGGGAUCUGGUGGUAGCAGCUCAACAAAUUUACAAACAGGUCUUCAAAUAAGAGCAAUCCGGACUGAGGCCACAGGGGGUACUGUGCCAAAACCUGUGGCCAGUGUUCGACCAAUGCAGGCUGAAUUGAGUGGACAGCUGGAGCGUAGCCAGACGCGUUCCACGAUUUCAACAAUUAGUACUGGACGGUCACGUUGGAUUCCUGCUGAAGUGUGGCAACGGCAGGGCAUGAGUGCACAAGAAAUGACUUUGCCUUUGGAUGUUGUGAUACCCACUAAUUCACCAGAUAGAGCUUCAAUAGUCCUCAAAGCAGGCCAGAGGGUCAUGGUGCUGAAAAGCCCCAAGGGAAUUUACAUGCAGCUGGAAAAUGGAAAGAUAAUUGCAAUCCGUACUGCUUUUAAGGUUGGUGGUGCUGGAAAAGGUGCGGCUGGCCAAGAUUACAAAUCAACUGCAGCCAUGCAGGCAGAUAAAGCUGAAAUUGAAUCAAAAAUUGCAGAUAUAAAGAAAGAGGCCAACCUGGCUGCCCAAGCAAACCGUAAUGCACAAAAGGUGAGCAACGUGCUGCCCUUGAAGAACAACUCGGCCAUCACAAUCAUCCCAAAGGGUGUCAGUCCAACUGGUGGGGUUACUGGCAUUUCUGGGGUGCGAACCUCAGCUGGUAGAAGCAAAGGCUCCUGGGGAGGGGGUGGAACGGCAGGACGUGCGCGCCCAAGAACUCAGCCUGUGGCAACAGGUGAAGCGAGGCCAUAUUUCCAGCAGAAAGCAACACCUUCUGCACCAACUGCAACAGCUAAACCAUUCUUCCGUGAUGGAUCUGGAAACCGUUCCCAACAUAACAGUGGAUCUACCUGCACUCCUGCUGUGGUAACACCAGUGCUUCGUGAAAGUGGAGAAGAACCUGCCGAAGGGAGUAGCAGUACAUCCAACAGCCCGUCACCAGCACUAGAAUUACGUGGAAUGGCUGGUCCUGAUAAUCAAGAUGGCAUAUGCCGGGAACGUGAUUUGUCAUUUGGCAAUACUGGUAAAGGAAGAGUUAGUAAUACCAAUGAAAAUGCAUCUGAAAGGAAUAGUUCUAUAUCAGAGGGAGAUUUGUGGAGAUCAAGUCACGAUCAGCACAGUGACAGAAGAAACUUACCAAACAAUUCCAGUUCAGAUGAUGUUAGGAAAACGGCACCGCAAGAUAUUAGCACAAAUGGUGCUGGCUUCCUUUCAUUUGCCACAGAUAACAAUAAACCCAAUAGUAAUCAGAUUGGAGAACAAUCAGUACGGAAGCAAAAAGAUGAUGGCCACUGUAAUGCUGUUAGUACAAAAGCACAGAGAGAAGAGCAUGGUACACACACUGGCACUUUAGAGCACGAUGAUGAAAGAUUCCGUGCUUCCUUUCCAGCCAACUCGACCCCUCAAAUCAGCAGGCAAAGGGAGGAUUAUAAUAUGCAAAGACAGUCGCAAGACCGGGAAUUUAGUGAAGCUCUUGGAAUUCAGAAAGGUAUGACAGUUAGAACAGCAAGAGGUGAUGAUCAGUUUGAAUCAACAUUGAAUUCAAAUGAGAUUUUGGAAUUAGGGAGGCAGAGAGAAGACCUUGAUAUUCAGAAAACCAGCCAAAGCUCAGAGUGCUUUAGUGAAACUGCAGAACUUCAUAGAGCAUUUACGGAAAGAGGAAAAAAAGAUGAUAGAUUGCAAAAUGCAAUAAGUGCUUGUGAUGCUCUGCAAAUAGGUAGAAGAAAAGAAGAUCAGUAUGUGAAUAAAAGAAAUCAGGAUGGUGGAUGUUUCAGUGACUCUAUUGAACUUACAAAGUCCUUUGCAGAGAGCAUGAGAAAAGAAAGUGAAGUUUUUUCAGGCACAGUAAACACCAGUGCUAGUUCACAAGUGGGAAUGAGUUCUUUUAAAAACUAUGAAAGUACAUUUACUGCAGCACAAAGACCCAUUGAGACAAAGGAAAGAGAUACAACUUUAGAUAGCAGUAUACAAUCUGUCAUGUCUGAAACACUUGCAAAAAGCUUCCGUACAGAGCAAAUGAGAUCAUCUCUAGGCUUUCAGCCACAGUUAGAGGAACAAUCUGGUAUGUGUUCUGGACAGGAAAGAAGUAGAAGCUCUUCAUGCCAUUCAGGAGAAUCUUCUCAUAAAAAUCACAUGCAAAAUAGUCUUAUUGAAAACUUCAACGAAAUUGGAUCUCAGAGUUCCCAUUCUACAACUUACCAGAGUGAGUGCAAAUCCAAAGAAAGUGAAUGUGAUGACAGAGAACUGAAGAAAGAUAGAGUAGAAUAUGUAUGUGGGAAGCAACCACAGAGUAAGCAGUUUGCAACAAACUUCCCAAGUAGUACACAAAUUCUGGGGGAUAACAGCCCACCUAAUAAAAAAAUUAGAGUGUCAAAAUCUGUCCAGAGGAAUAUCUCUGAAUGCACAGGCAGUUACGAAGCUGAAAUUCAAAUGCAGAUGAGACCUUAUGGAAACAACCAACAACAUAUGGGAACAACUACAAAUUUCUCUUCCAGUUUGCUGACUGAUAGACAGACAGGCUCCCUAAGUAUUUCAAAACAGAGAUACCAAAACAGUGAACAUUUAAGACCUGAGUACAGUGCAGCUGACUCGACAAAACCUGACAGUACUGACAGUAUCAAGUCUAGUUAUCAGCAACACCAACCUGACUCAUCAAAGUCCAAUUUUCAUAAUACGGAUUCAGCUAAAGCAAAUUACUCAGUGCCUAGUCAACUAAAAUCCAUGUAUCAUGGCACAGAACACUCUAAAUCAAAUUAUCAAGGCCAUGAGAUGAAGAAACCUGUAUUCAAGCAGUUGGCAUCACCUAAAAUGUCUUAUUCACAUGGGGAUGCAUCAAAAUCCAACUUUCAGCAAGACAUUAACAAGCAAAAUUUCCAGUCAUCAGAGCAAACUAGACAGAAUUAUAGUUCUUCAGAAACAAAAUCUACAUAUCAAACAUUAGAUGCCUCAAAAUCCUCACAGGAUGUCCAAACAUAUAAUAGUGCACCUUAUGGGCAGUAUCUCGGAAGUCAGUCAUACUAUGGAGGUCAGCAACAAGCAUCAUCAGUGAACGUCAACCAAUUUGGGGGUUCAUUUGGUGAUGACAACAGAUUUGAUCGAACUAUUCAAAAUGCUCAACAGAGCGUGAAGGAUAGCACUUUACGAGACAGGCCGUCACCUGCUGGACAAAUGCAGCACAUGUCUGGACGUGCAAGUCAUACCCAGCAAACACCAGUAUCAACAAUUCGUAAAGAUCAAGAGAUUAGAGAUUCAAAACGUGACAUGAAGCAGUCACCAUCGUCUACGGUAGAUGACGCUCGCAGUCCGGGUGCUGCUAGCGGCACACGAAGCGGCAACAACAGUGCUCGUUCGACACCUGCUCCAGAAAUGACACCGUCAUAUGCUAAUGCUGGUACAACAACAACACCAAUGCCUCCUGCGCAAGGUUCUGUAGUAUCGGCAGCAACUCAAAAUUUUCAACCGUACAGCGGUCACCAAAAUCCGUAUGAAGCAUAUCCGGGGACAGCAAAUUGUCGUUAUAGUGGUCCAGCAACUACUCCUGAUCCAUUUGGUUAUGCAACUACAGGAUUAAGGCCUAAUGGGCCUUCGUCAACUUACGGAGGACCGGGAACAACAUAUACUGGGUAUCCUGCCACUCGCUAUGGUGCCACAGAUUACACCAGUGCAUCUGCGUACAGUGCAUUUCACCGACCAGAGCCUCAGCGCUUUCCUACUGAUAUGGGUCCAACAUUCCCAGCACCACCACCUCCACAGCCACCACAGCCAUCCACAUUUGCUCUUGGCACUCAUCAGCGUGCUACAGGAUCUGACACUGCAAGUACUGCCAGUGGGUUCUACACGCAGAAUGUUUAUGGACCAACCACGUAUGGCCCACGGCCGAGCUAUCCUGGCCCGGAUCCUGCAUACUAUGGAGGACCUGCCACACCUGGUUUUGGUCCCUUUCUCAACCACCAUCUCCACCAGCAUCCAUAUGCUACGAUGCAGCCUCCUCCUACUGGCACACAAGGCCCAGGAACGGGCUCAACACACUGAAAUUCGAUUGCAGUGAAGUUAAAAAUGUCAAGCCUGGAGCUGAUUGAUUGGGAUAUGGUGGAUUACACAGUGAUGUAGAUUGUGGUACUUUGGAAAUUUGUUGAGUAUAGUGUGUAUAACAAAGAACGUUAGUGAUGGCAUCAAACAUUGCUGCUAAGAAUCAUGUAAUUUUCUAUUUUUCAUCCCCAUUAUCAUUUGAUAGCUAAAAUCCUCUCUGAAGGAAUGAAGCAAACCCCACCGAAAUAUGUGAAAUAAUUUCUAUUUGAUGUUCACCAGAUUUUAUGUUAUUUGGUCUUUCUUCACUAUCUGAUGAUACCUGUUAGUAGAAGCAAAGCAAGUAAAUAAAAAUGGUAUAGACUGAGAGCAGCUAACAGUUCAGCAAAAUCUUGUGGUUGGUGCAUGAUUGUGACUGCAAAAAACUGUGAAAUAGUACAAACAUUUUAGUGAAUCUUUUGUACAAAUUAUUAUUAUAAGAGCAAAUGUGAAAAAAAAAGUCCUGACAGUGGGUACCGAACACUUUGAAUAGCUUGCAAGUUAAAAAGAGAAAGCUGUAUUGUAUUGUAUAAAUGUGUAAUAUUUUAUGUAAUUAUGAGAGAUGAUUCAUGCUGGACAGGUCUUGGGAAAAGCUGUAAAUGUAAUCUCUUAGGAAACAAAGACAUUUCAAGGUGGCAACUGGUAUGUGAAUUAUCACAGGUACGAAGUGUGUGAGUGACUCUUUAUGACUAAUGUUAAUGCUAUCUUUUUGCCAGAACUCAUUGCUUCAUUUAGCUUUCAGAACUACUUAGGCAACAAGUUGACAAAUUCUUGCUCUUCAAGCAGAUACACAAAACUAAAAUUCUGUGCAAUUAAUAUGAUGGUAAGAUGAAUAUUGGUAAAAAGUUUGGAAUGUAUUAAUACAACAAAUGAAAAAAUCUUUGUAAUUAAAGGCAACCAGAGAUUUGUAGUAGGGGUGCUAAUACUUCAGAAAACAUUGUUUCUGAAUAAACAAAAUAUCUGUGUUACCAGACUCAUCGAAGUCUGGUCUGUAAUAUACAAAAUACCUGUAUUACCAGUCUCAUCAAAAUCUGGGCUGUAAACCUGAUCUAAAAACGAUGGUUAAUUCCUGAUUGAUCUGGCUCAUUUGUUUUGGGAAGUGUGAAAUUUUCAAAUUAACCUAUUUAUUAAUUUGCUGCACUUAUUGCUCUCGAAAGCCUAAAUUUAUACCAUAUGUGUCCAUUUUGGAUGAAAGUGUUCACAAAAUAAGUCGUAAUGACAGUUCUUCUACAGAUACAUUCAGAUAGCCCAGAUCUAGCAAAAUAUGCUGUGUCAACUGUGGUGUUAUGAACGAACAUUUAGUCAAUUGGAUCUUAUAAGUGUGGUGUAUUUAUUUAAACCUCCACUGCUGAAUGUAAUUUAAAUUAAGGAAAUGUAUAUACAAAAACAAAACAAAAUACUUCAGUGCAGUUAUGUAUAAAUCAGUAUAGAAAUAAAAAGUGUGUGGCAUAGCAUAUUAGCACUGCUCGAUUGUGAUCACUCCCCCUUCCCUUUUUCUCUCUACAUUCAGUGCACUACAAAAUUUGUUGAAAGAACACUUUCCCUUUUUACUGUUAUUUUUAAUGUGUAAUUGACUGUGAUUUACAAAAUAGUGUAGAAAUUGGACACUGUCUUAUGAUUUGGCUAUGCACAUCAUUUACAGCAGGAAUCUGGUGAAGAAUUUUGUGCAGUGAUUUAUCAACAUUGUAUCAGUACAGUCAGGCUACUAGAAACAAUACCAUCUAGAACAUUAAAAAGAAUCUGAAAUAAAGAAUGCAAUGAUUACUGACAGCUAAGCCCAGAUGUCCCAUGUUGUUGUUUCCCUUUUUCUGCUUUGUCUUUGCUUCCUAAAAUAAUAAUUAUGUGUCAUUAUGUUUGUUAAUACUUGUCACUGCUUCCAAAUCUUUCACACAACCUUCAUUUUUUGUGCUCCAAAUUUGGUUACUCGGAUACCUUAAUUUUUCAUCACCACUACCAUCAUGAAUAUUGUAAUCUUUAUUAUAUACACUUAUAUUUUUAUUCUACUCAUUUCUUAAUUAUCUUUUCCUCCACUUCAUUACAUCUCACUGCUCAUAUCUCAUCAGCAAGUUCACAGUUAUUCAAUCUGAUAUUGUAUUAUCAGUGUUCCUUUCAUUUUACUCCUUUCCUCUGCUGCAUCUCCUGAGCUUUUCUUCUUUAUCUGUAUUUCUCAGUUACCUGCCACCACUUUCUUACCUUCAGACAACACUUAACCUGCAUCUGUGGAAGUGGGACACUUUGGUUCUGAAAGCACAUAGUUGAGUGAGUAUUUAAAAGUGUAUCAGUCAGCCAGGACCUUUGGAUUGUAUUUCAUAUGUACAGCUCUUUUGACAUGCUGUUGUUGUUAGUAUUUUUAGACCUUCAUACUUUACAUUCUUGUUCAUAUUGUAUUAAUAUGCUGCCAGUUUUGUUGCAGUUUGAAUUGAUGUGGCAUAUUUCCAUUUGGAUAUCAGUUCACAGUUUAUAUCUUGUUACUGAAGAACACCUUUCUGCCUUUUACGAAAGAUCAUUACAUAUAAAAGCAGUGGAGGGUGUAAUGCAGAACAGAAUGAAUAGCUGAAAACUAGAAAUUUUGUAAAACUAUUUGAUGUCACAAAGGAGUAGGCAAUUAUCUAGAAAUUUUCUGUGGUGCAAAUAUUAUGUUAAUUAUACAUUUAAGGUGUUUGUAAAUUCAUUUGUGAAUAAAAGCUACAAGGCAUAGAGAUUCUGGUUAUAGAUUAAUGUACUAAAUGGAAGAUGUUUGUUGUAAAAAUUCUCAUGUCCAGUUAAACAAUACCAUGGCAGAUAUAAAUGUAACUGAAAAGUGCAAGAGUCUAAGUAUGCAAGAGUCUAAGUAUGGAAGGAAUAUGUUUAAGUAUUAUUAGAUAUCUAAGUGCAUUUAAUGGACAUUUACUGAAAUAGUAUUUAAAUUUUUUACCCUAUUUGUUAUGCCCAUAUGUGUAUGGACAGUGUGUGUGUUUGUUUUGUUUUGUGUGUGUGUGUGUGUGUGUGUGUGUGUGUGUGUGUGUGUGUGAGAGAGAGAGAGAGAGAGAGAGAGAGAGAGAGAGAGAGAGAGAGAGAGAGAGAGUGUGGCUGAAGGUAAAUUAUGAAAACUAUCCUGUGUUCUUAGACUAUAGAUUACAGUCAUAUCAUGGAAAACAGAGGAUUUAUUGGAUUGAUAUGAAAUACUGUAGCAUCUAUUGCUUCACUUGGAAGAUAUUUUAAGACAAGAAAUGUUUAUAUACGAUAUUACAUUGAUAAAAUGCCAAAGACGAGAACAGUCAUGCAAUAUAAGCUACCUUUUCCUUUUUUCUGCAGUAUGUCCCUCCUAAGAGCUGUGUGGUGCCAUUUUCCUUAUUUGCAGUUUAAUUUCUGUUAUGUCUAAGUUUGUUCACCCAGAAACAUCCAUUUUGACAGAAAAUGUGAGUUAGUUUAUCAUUAUACACAAAGAGUUGUCCAAAUUGAUAGCAGAUUUGCUGUAUCACUAGAGCAACCUUGGAUUAAUGUUGUACAAUGUUAACUAUAAAGGUAUUUAUUGGUAGUGAUCACAAAACUAGGAGAAACAUUUGUGUUUCCAGCAGCAACUGCAUAAGACGGCUGUGCUGCACCAUGCUGAGUUUGCAGUCCCAUUACGCCACUGAGCUGUGCAAUGGUGUCAGCAGCUGAAUUCUUGUGAUGCUGCAGAAGCUUAUUGUUCUUCUGUUUUGUUGACUUCCAUCAUAUAUUCGUUAACUGACUAUAGCUCCAGACCAAUUUGAGGUUACUGUAUAGUUUGGACACUUAAUGGUCCAGUGCAGACGACAAUUGUUAUAAAGGAAACCGAAAUCAAAUUUUGCGUUACCACUUGCAUCACGUGAAAUACCUGAUUAACAAGUUUUGUUUGGGAUGUUCCACUUUCACCACAAAACAAUUUGAAAAUACGUUCAGAAAUGGCAGAGAGGAGCGUGCUGACAAUUUUCGUUAGGGACAUGCAGCAUAAAGCUGUCAGAGUCUUGAUUAGUUCCUUGCAUGACACACCAAGAUGUGUUUUAUUCUGAGAUUUUUGUGCAAGUUGUGUGUUUAAAAUAAGUGCUCUGUGUUUUAUUACUUUAUUUUCAUUGAACUGUUGAUUAUAAACAAAAGUACUUGAUUACCUUUGAUAACUAAAUAUGUCAGCAUAUUUGAAGCACUCUCCUUCUGCAUUACUGCACUGUCGAUGUCUGUGGAUGCACUGAGGAACUCAUAUAAAAUGAUAGAACCUUCUUUGACAAGCAAAAGGUUUCCUGCUUACUUGCAGUUUCACACACUGUUUCCCACUUAUGUGAUGAUGAUGAUGAUUGAGAGAUCUGAAUCCUUGCUUCACUUAAACACUUCAUGUUGGUUUUGUAGAUGUAAUGUAACACAUAUUGAAGCUGACCAACACUCUCAAUGAAGUAAGAAUCAUACAAGUUUCACUGCAAAUUUCUUAAAAUUUAAAUAUGAAAGACUAAUAUAUGACUUUAUGCUGCAAGAUCCAGACCUUGAUCGUUUCCUGUGUUGUCAGCGCUGUUUUCUUCUAUUGGUUCUCACUGGGUGAAAUAGCCCCUUUGUAUGCAAAAUGCAUAACACAUAUAUGAACAAAAGCUGCCCUUUGUCACACUGUGACCACUCUCCUUUCCUCCUUUGUGAAUGCCAAAUCCAUGUUCUACAUGGGUACACAUUUUAUUCAAAGCUUUCGUUGCUAAAAUUGUGUUCAAAGCAAAAUGUUGUAGGUUUAUUGCUUCUUAUUGCUGUUUAUUCUUAAUUAUUUCCCAGGACACGCUCAAGAUCUCUUCAAAUCCUGGGUAGUGUUAGUGCAGUGGAACUUAUUACAUUUUUUGAGACAAAGGUCUCCACGGCAGUAAAACAGCAUCCUGAACUAUGUGACAAACUGCAGACAAUAACCAAAGAUACACAGAACAAAAGAAAUUACAACCUUAACAAUAGCUGUGAUUCCUGCUUAGGAUUAUCAGUUUACAAGACGAAAUAAAAUUGGUAUCGUUUUUAAUAAUCAGUUUAUUUUAGUUUAUUAAUGUGAAAAAUGCCAUUCGGUCAAGAUAUGAGGAAAAGUUAAUGUUUCAUGGUUUGCAGAUAAUGCCACAGGAGAAAUUAGUAUUCAUUGGCUGGGUUGCAUUUGAAAACAUUUGAUCUAUAUGCGGUUUGCUCUCUUCUUUGGCACAAGAUUAAUGAUAUUUGACUAUACAUUCAAGGCACGUUAGUUAAUUGUUGAAUGAAUUCUGUUUGUAUUUCCAUCCCAGAUUUGUUUGUUACUUUGCAAAAUGAUUUAUGAAUCAAAAUAUAGUUCUCACACUACUUUCUCAUUUAAUGAAUCAGCCGUAUAAUGUUGUUACUGAAUGUUGUAUAUAAUCUGACAGUUGGUAACAUACUGUGUGGACUUCAUUUCACUGCUCUCUGAAAAGGACUUUGUUAAGCUAUGUAUAAGCACUUCGACUGCUUUUCUUUUUGUGAAGAUUCAUAAUUUGAUGUUCAUUUGAGCUGUAUAACUGUAAUGUAUAUUCCACUGGACUUUCAUAAUUUACAAACCUGUGUGUUCACACGAUGAUAGAAUGAAAUUUUAAUUGUUUAAGUAUUUGUUUGUGAAGAUAAUUCCAUUAAUUACUCCUAAAAUGUAUAUAAUGUAGGUAGCUCACUGUAAUCUUUGUUUAGUCAUAGAAAAACCUGAAAUAUAGCUAUCUGCACUUAUCUGUCUGUUAAUUUUGUCUGUGCAUUCCUCCUAGAUGUAUUAUUAUGGUACAGAAACAAAAUAAAGUUUAUAUGCUAGAAAUCCUA